CAAUUUUUAAAAAUAACCGUCGUUGUCCAAAGAAUUUUGUCUUCAUUAUCUAUUGAAUAUUUUUAAUUCUGUAUUUUCUAUUUCCAACUUCUUUAGUUCUGUAUAUUAUGCUUAUGUAGUUGUGUUGAUGUCUCAAAAUAAUAACUAUAUCAAAGUAUCAAAUAUCAACACUAUCAACAAUCGACAUUUAUGCGCCUGUUGAUUUCCUGAAAUCAUUUUUCAUUAGGGUUUUAUAAUAUUUCACAUAGUAUUUUCGGUCUCGUUUGUUCUUAGUUUUUUGCGAAUUCUCCAAUCAACAUUUUUCAAAUCCUUAAGACAAUCUUUUUUUCUGCCAUUUACAAUUUUCCGUCUGUUUUUCGACCUUCCUUUUCCCCAUUUGUUAACCAUGAGUAGUUUCGCGCUCAAGUCAAAAGAAAACCGAAUGCAGAGACCGCGGAUACCUCCGGUAACCACCAUUUCCUCAAACACAUCGUCCGCAUCUGGUCGCACCGUGGGUUUUGGAACGACCACGACCACCGUUACAACUGCAAAGCCAGUUGGUGCGCAGUACCGCCGAUCAGUGACUACUACUAUUAGCAAGACACCGGAUUUAUUACACCCGCCCAAGUUUGGUGGCCAACAGCUGUCCAACCGCAGUUGCAAGCCAGACAUCACUAAAAAUCUGCCUACCAAAACCACACAGAAACCACCAUCACAACCAUGUGAACCGACAGCCCAGGCAAGGAUUCCCUCCAAAGAAGUAUUUAAAAUUCCAACUGUUGCCAAUAUACCAAAAAGAAAUGCACAAGUGACCAAACCACCUACAACGGUUAAUCAACUCCAGAAUAAUAUGAAAGCAGCCAGUCUUGAAGAAAAACCUUGUACUGAACAAGAAAAUAAUAAAAAUAUGGGUCUAACAGAUAAAAAAGAUGAAAUGAAAUGGACUUUGGAUAAUUUUGAUAUUGGAAAAGCUUUGGGAAAAGGAAAAUUUGGAAAUGUGUAUCUUGCCAGAGAAAAGAGCUCUGGAUUUAUUGUUGCUCUUAAAGUUUUAUUUAAAACGCAAAUUUUAAAAGCAAAUGUUGAGCAUCAGCUCAAAAGAGAAAUUGAAAUUCAAACACAUUUAAGGCACCCUAAUAUUGUACGUAUGUUUGGAUAUUUCCAUGAUGAUGCUAGAGUAUAUAUGAUCCUAGAGUAUGCACCCAAACAACUUUAUAAAGAACUACAAGCUCAAGAAAAUCAACGUUUCUCUGAAGUGAGGGCAGCAUUGUAUAUUAAGCAAUUAACAGAAGCAUUGAUAUAUUGCCAUGAUAAAAAUAUUAUACAUCGUGAUAUAAAACCAGAGAAUCUUCUACUUACUAAAGCUGGUGACUUAAAAAUUGCUGAUUUCGGGUGGUCUGUACAUACACGUGAUUCCAAGCGUAUGACGUUAUGUGGAACCUUGGACUAUUUACCACCAGAAAUGGUCAGUGGCAAUUCCCAUGAUAAAUCAGUUGAUGUGUGGAGUGUAGGUGUUUUAUUGUAUGAGAUUUUAGUUGGUAAACCACCUUUUGAAGCUCCAACAUAUGAAGAAACAUAUAAAAGAAUAUUAAAUGCCCAAUAUAUUUUCCCACAACAUGUUGCUCCACUUGCUAGAGAUCUCAUAUCACGUUUAUUAAGAGUAAAACCGGAGAGUCGCUUACCUCUCCAAGAAUUGUUACUACAUGACUGGAUAAAACUACACACAAAUCUCUUAAAGUAAUGAAAAUUUUAAGAUUUCAAUUUUAUGAUAUCUCUAUUUUUUUACAUAACCAUAUAAAAAAAAAAAAAAA